CCCAGAAAAUUCCACAAUGCCACAGUCUGAUCCCUGAACUGCUGCUGAGUUUCAGUUUCAGAGAUGAAUGCCAUCUCCAGACUGGAACAAGACUCCAAAGAGGGUUCUGAUGUUUCCAUUCCUCCAGUUCUUUUGCCACUUGGUUUCCAUAUAUCAUGGGGGUAUUUUUAAACUCCUGGGGUAGAACUGGCCAAGUCAGCCGGGCUCUUCUCACUGUGUUUGGACUGUCCCAUUCAGAAGUAAAUAGUUCUUGACUUUCACUACUCCAAGAGAUACAGAAAAAGCCACUUUCAAAUUCUACACUCUCAACCAUUUUAAUUUUUCACUCUAGCUUGUUAGCAAGGUACAAGGAUUUGCUACGGACGGGUGUAUAUCUUCUACUGUCUCAUGUAUGGCUCUAGGAUCCUGUACCAGCCACUAAUCCUCUCCAUUUGCCUUCUUAACUGCAAAAUAAGGCUAUUAAAUUUGGAUUCAUAUUCCUUCAACAGGCCUCAUUUUAUAAAUUUUUCUUUUAUAAAUCUAAUCUUUCUUUUCUUUUAUAAAUCUAUCCAAGGGAUAAUAACCCCUUACAACUUUCUUUUCUCAAAGGGUAUUGCUUCUGCCUUACUGGUCCUGCUCAGGGUUUCAAUUUGUUUCUCACAGGCUCUGCUUUUCUGGGUCACUGGGGCACCUCUCCAGUCCAGACUAGCAGAUUUACUGCAUCCUCAAGUGAUACAGAUGGCAGAUGGAUCACAUCUGAAGAUUGGAGUGCAAAAACAGAGGCUUCCACAUAAUUAGAUUUUGGAGUAAUAACCUGCAUUUUGCCAUCUUAAUCUUGAUUUUAGCAUUCAGGUUUUCCAAGAAAUUGUCCAAGGAGAGGCUUAAGUAAAUGGAGUAGAUACAAAAACUGGGGAGUCACCCAUUGUUUUCCUAAUUUAAAAUCAAUGGGCUGGAAAAAUGGCUGAGUUUCAUGAUUCCCUGUUGCACCAAUGAUUGUUAUAGAAUCAUUACUCACGUUUCCUUUUACUGUAUUUAGCACAGAGCAGCCAGCUCCUGUAGCCACUAAAAAUCCUAACUCCUCAUUGUCCCAGCUUAGCUGUGACCGGAUGUUCUGCUGGGAAAGAAUCCUCUGGUCCCCCGCAGUGACCAUCGGUGAUGGCCACGAGAGGGGAGUUUCGUGUUGUACCUGCGGACAGUCCCUUUUCAAACGCCUCUCUUUCUUACAGUGUGCACAUUGAUUAACAGCAAGUCUCUUUUCUUCCUUCCUCUGCUCUUCUUUGAUGAGCCCUCAGGGGAAAGAUGGACUGAAUUGUGGAAUAACUCACUUUGGGAGAGUGUCCUUUGCAACAGAGCCUUCAACUGCAUCAAAUGUGGCUUCACUUACAGCUGUUCCGAUUGCUUCUGAUAAUCUGCCUGCCCUGUGGUCUCUGGAGUGUGGAAGCAUCCUAUGGAAUUGGAAUUUGCUCCGUUUUACUCAGCUGUGCAGCAGAAGCUGCUACAGGGGGGUCUCUGAAGCAGUCAGAGCCUCCACCCAGGGUGGGGAUCACUGCAUUUAUGCACAAGAAUCAACCUGGGCACAGCAGGAUGUGCUCAUCUCUAGGGCUGCCCCGAGUCCCCACCUGGAGAGCUCCCAAACAUUUCAGUCCCACAGUUCAUUUUGAAGGUGACUCAUUUUUGCUCAUUUUAGAGUUGGUUCAUUUUGAGGGCUCUUGACUGAACUCAGUCACUUGGUUUCAAGUUGAUGGCCUGUCUCAGACCAGGCUCUCCUCUGCUCUGUGUGGACAAUGAGAUGGGAGAGCCCUUGGGCCACCCAGGGGACCGAUGACUUCAGUGCUCUGGUUGCACAUGAACAGAGCUUUGUUUCACUGCUUCAGACCCUCCCUCUCCUCUUCUCCCCUGGCAUUUUAAAGAAUCCUAUUUUCACAGUCAUCUGCUCUGCUCUUCUCCAUGUUGAAAAGCAAAUCAAAAAACCUGAAAAGGAGAACACCAGUCUUUAUUGCAUAUAUUUUUUCUCAUACAUCUUUUCUUAGCUGUGUAUUUUGGUUUCAAAACAGAGUAACUUAAUUACUUAAUUAAUCAGGGAUUUGAGACUUGAAAAGUGAGUUUCAUCUACUCCCCUGCAGGCACCCAGGAGAAUUUGUUUUCUCGAGGCUCCCUCUGUAGCCAGUGGAGACAAUAGAACAUUUGGAGGCUGGGUGCUCCCAACUGCCACAUAAAACAAAAAUUACAAAUCUCUUCCUGGCACUUUUCCCUUGCUCUGCACAGGUUCAUUUUGGUGCAGACAGGGGACAGCUGAGAUUGUGACACUCUGUGUGGAUCCAUAAUAAAUUCCAGUCCUCAUUUAGAGUACUAAAAAUCCAAGUUCUACUUGGUCCCUAUUCUGCCCUCCCCAUUCCUUUCCUGAAGAGACAGAGAGGAAAAAGCUGUGGAAGAAAGCAGAGGGUUGCAAAAGAGAUACUUGGGAUUGCUUCUUUUGGAAGCAACAGUUCCUCAGGGACUCCUGGUCCAAAGGCAAGUACUGAAAAGUAGAAACAAGGAAGUUCAAUGCACAGAUUUGGUGUAAUUUCAGCGUUUAGUGUUUGUGCUGUAGAUGAGAGGUGUUUGGCACAUGGGUGUGACAGAUGUUUGCAGUAGGUCUGAGUGAGCUGGGAAUUUCCCAGGAAUGGGGGGAAAUAGCCAAUAGCUCCUUAGAAUCCUCUGUUCUGGUGAAAGAAUUCUUUGGGAGUGUUUGGAAAAGGUAGAAAGAACACAAUAAAAUCUCUGAGGUCUCUACCUGAAAUGGGAAAGAGAACAAUCAGGGUGUGAGAAUUGUUUGAAGCACAAUCUCUGUGCUCUAUAGCAAGAGUGCAGGAAAAGAAAACAGCAGAGAAGGAAGGAUAGAAAUGUUUGUCCAGACUGUGAAAUGAUCCCACUUGGUUUUGCCAUGUUCCUGUCUCAGCAGGAUGAGCUGGAAUUCAGCAUGGGACCAGAAAAUGAAACAGCAGUUACUGAGUUCAUCCUAGAGGGUUUCCCAGAGCUUGAUCCGAGACUGCAGCUAUUUUUCUCUCGGGUCCUUCUGCUCAUGUACCUGACAACAGUGAUGGGGAAUGCAACCAUCAUUUUCCUCGUGUGUGUGGAUCACCAGCUGCAAAGCCCCAUGUACUUUUUCAUCAGCAACCUGGCCUUCCUAGAGAUCUGCUUUACAUCCUCCACAAGCAUCAAAUUGUUUGUCAUGCUGAGCUCUGGUCAGAACACUCUCUCACGAAGCAGCUGCUGUGCCCAAAACUAUUUCUAUUUUGCCCUGGGCUGCACAGAGUUCAUCCUGCUCGUUGUCAUGUCCUUUGAGCGCUAUGUUGCCAUCUGCCAACCUUUGCUCCAUGCUGCCAUCAUGAAGCCUCAGCUCUGUGUCCACCUGGUUGUUGCUGCUUGGCUCCUCGGCUUUGCCCUGCUGAGCUACCGGCUGUUCUUCCUCUCGGAGCUGUCUUUCUGUGGCUUCAAGAUCCCCCAUUUCCUUUGUGACAACUCCCCCUUGUUCAGACUGUCCUGUUCUGACACCAGCCUGCUUUGGAAAAUAGACUCUGUCUUCUUAGCGUGUGUCGUGCUGGGUUCCUUAUGUUUGACUCUGGCACUUUACACCUGCAUCCUUUUCUGUGUUCUGCAUCUUCCAGCAGCCUCUGGGAGGAAGAAAGCUUUGACUACGUGUUCUUCCCAUCUCAUCACCUUGUCCAUUGCCUAUGGGAGCUGCAUUGCUCUCUACACGUGUCCUGCAGAAGAUGUUUCCUUGAGGACCAACAGAAUUGUAGCUCUGCUCAACACAGUCCUGUACCCAUUCUUAAAUCCAUUCAUCUACAGCCUUCGGAACAAAUCUGUGAUCUUGGCCCUGAACAAAUCCAAUGCCAGGGCAAGAACAAAGCUUUUCCCCUAACCAUGGUGCAUUUCUGGAAAGCCAUCCCAAGAAUCUGAUGUCAUCUGUUGCACACUACCAGUGCCUGUGAGUGCAGCCUCCAAACAGGGCUGCCUCAGGAGACUGAUGCUCCUGCUGGCUUGUGUCAGGUUAAGAGAUAAGAGACUCAUCUGCACACCCAGACAGGGCACCAACAAUGGCAGGAGGACAAACUCAGUUCAUUCUCUGCCCUGGCUGCUCCCAGGCCCAUCACUGGAGAGCCCCCAGCUCAUUAAGAGCCCAUCUCCAAAACAGAGAAGAGCUCAGCGGAACAGUGGCAAGUGGCAAUCCAAAUUACAGCUCCUGAGCAAUGGACACCUUGUCCCAGCUCCUUUCCUGGGACAGCCAUCAGCCCUCGUGUCCACCUUUGAAACCCCAAAGUCACUGAGAGCAGGUCACCAUUUGGACUAAGGGGAUUGCUGCCCUGGCGUGUAGGACACGUUUUGGGAUGAAGGAGGAGGAGGAGCAGUUUUGGAUAGCACAGGACUUGUGGGAAGG